AUGUCGUUUACGAUGCUCAACACGGCUCCAGUCCCGCAGCUUGGGAAUUCAGGAGCAGACCCCAUCGAUCUCACAGGGAUAGACAACGACGACGACGAGCUGCCAAUGCCAGACGCAAAGCGAGCCCGCGUCAAUGGGACGCCCGCGGCUUUUAUCCCUCACAUGAGCUCAAAAGGAGAUCAUUUACUGGCUAGAAGUCAUCAUAACCCUCUGAAUAUGCUCCAACUACCGCCGCUAUCGCAACCACUCCCGCGCGAGGGUCCGCUUGUGCCCCAGCUGACGCCCCAGUCCUUUCAGGCUCGUAAUUGGUCAUCCCAGCCUACUCCAGUUCACAUUCAGCAUCAACUCGAUCAGCUUACCAAAGCGCAACAUCAGACACUUGCCACUGCACGAACGCCGCACGUGACCCCCGUCCCGCCUACAAGCCAUGUCGGCCAACGAUAUCCGCCAAACGUUAUAGAUCUGACCAGGGAUCAAUCUCCAGCCUUUACCUCGCCGUCACCGCAGCCCUCGGGCUAUCCUAGACAAACUCUGGUGUUGGAUGACAGUCUCGCGCCAACAACAGCCAUUCUCAUCGGCCAGAUUAACGUGUCAGCACUUGUUCUUAGUCCGGUUCCAUACAUUAUGCAACAACAAACACACACGGUCAUGCCAAAUGGCCAAAUCAUGCCCGCUGGAAGCGCGGACUAUGUGCCAGUCAAGCUCCGCGCACCAAGCGAGAACCCAGACGCUCAUGAUAUCCUCAUCUACACGCCAAGUCAGGCUCGCAAUGGCAACGUCCUCGCUCCAGACAAUUUUGCUGUAGUCGAAACAAAGGUCGCUGCACGACUUCAUCCACUUAUGUGCAAGCGAGCGAUCAAGCUAGAAGCCAUGAUCAAAACUGUACAACCAGGCAGCAACAUGCUCGUAGCGCCUCUAGCCGUUCUCGUCUUCACUGCAAAAGGCAAUGUGUCUCAGGUCGCCGAUGCCCUCUUCAAAUCGGGCCUGUUACUCGAACGGCCAAGUCCCAUGUGGGGGCCCGUGCUAUCGAGCGUAAAUCUCAUCUAUCACAAUCCUCACCACGGGCAAAGUCUACCUGUGGCCCAAUCUGCUCCAAGCUCGAGAUGGGCGUCGCCUGCCGUCAGCGCAAAGAGCGUCGAGACACAACGCAGCAGUGCGGAUACGGUGUUCCAGAAGCUUCGAGGAGAGGAGGAUUUGCCAGAAACUUCACCCGGCGAUAACAUUUCCACGCCCCUUUAUCCUCACCAGAAAAAGGCACUGUCAUUCUUGCUCGAACGGGAACAAGAGCUCGUUCUCGCCAAAGGCAAAGCAGCCUCGCUUUGGCAUUGCAAUGGCAGCGGAUGGCAAAACUCGGUGACACAAGAGAUUGUGUUCAGCAAGCCUGCAGAACCAAAAUGUGCCCUCUUAGCAGACGAUAUGGGGCUUGGCAAGACAUUGGAAACUCUGUGCCUUCUUGCGACUACGGUUCCACAGGCUGAACAAUUUGCCGCCGAGCCGUUCGUGCUGCCGUCCCCGCCGGAGCCCUUUGAAGAGGAGCCGUCCACGGAGGGCUUUGGCAACAAUGCAGUUUGGGACAUGCCGAAUCUCAAAAAGCUCUCGCUUACAAAGGAGAAAAAGAAGGCGAUGCACGAAAAGGCCGUAGCGGAAUACAACAGAAUGACGAGGAUCAAGGAAAAGACCAAGGCGACGUUGAUCGUGUGCCCGCUAUCGACGAUCGUCAGCUGGGAGGAUCAGAUCAAAGAUCAUUGGGGAGGCGAUGUGACUGUGAUCGGUGGAGUCGGAUCCAACCCUCCACCUCCAGCCUCUGUCGCCUCGAGCGUGACUGGAGACAUGUCCGACUUGACCCUACUCUCGGACGGACGACUAUCGGAAGCACCCCGAUCAACACAACCGUCGCGCCAGCCAUCGCCUGUAUCUGGAAAAAAGGGCCAGCCGAUACGCAUCUAUAUUUAUCACGGAGCGUCUCGUCGGGCGGAUCCUCAGUACAUCUCCAAAUUCGACAUUGUCAUCACCACAUACAGCACACUCUCGUCCGAGUACUCGAAACAAAUGCGUGCCGCCAACCCAGACGCCGAAGACGAGGAAGGCGUCAGUUCAGAUUCUGGCAUCAUUGAGCUCGAUGAAAACGGCAAUGCGGUCCCCAAAAAGAAGGCGAAGAGCAGGCGGAAACGAGCGUUCACUCCCGGAGAUUGUGGUAGCCCUUUACAGGCGAUCUAUUGGUUUAGGGUUGUGCUUGACGAAGCCCACUUUAUCAAAGAACCCACAACUGUUGCAAGUCGAGCCUGCUGCGAUCUCGUUGCUGAUCGUCGUCUCUGCCUUACUGGAACACCAUUGCAGAACAAGGUUGACGACGUAUAUGCACUUAUCAAGUUUCUUCGAGUCAAACCAUUCGACGAAAAGGGGAUAUGGACGAAUCUUAUUGGGGGCCCCAUCAAGUACAACCAAGCAGUGGGAUUCACCCGACUUCAGACAAUUAUGCGUCUGCUCGCCUUGAGACGUACUAAAGAGACCAAGGAUCAGAAUGGGAAGCCUAUUCUGACCUUGCCUCCCCGCACCGACCGAAUGGUUCUUCUGAAGCUACAAGACGAGGAACGAACCAUUUACGACUCAUUCUUCGGUGAAUCGCAAGCCGAGUUUAUGAAUAUGGGUAGAGCCGAGGUGAUGAAGAAUUAUGUCAACAUUCUCCAAAGGAUCCUAAGGCUCCGCCAAAUUUGCGAUGAUGUCGAGCUAGUCAAAGCAUCAAAAGAUGGACACCGGUAUGACUGCGCGGCAGAAUAUGAGGAGGCGAUCAAGGGCAUCGAGGUGGAUGGAAUCAAUCUCGAACGCGCUACGGCUAUCUUUGCAUUGAUGCGAGAUACCUCGACGGCUCAGUGCGUCGAGUGCGGCAUGGAGCUCUCCACUGUUCCCACAGAGGGAGGCCCAGACGCCGUGAACGAAGGCCAAGAGACCCCUGUAGCAGCAAAGCGUGGUCGAAAGCCCAAAAGUAUGCCGUCGUCAACGACACCAUCGCUUUCUGCGACGCGACAAGGCAGUCCAUGUGCAAUGGUGCAUCCUAUCGUAACACGUUGUACACACCUGUUUUGCCUGUGCUGCUUCCGCGCCAAAAUAUGUGCAUCAUGGCCAUGUGCACCUGCGGAUACACGCGGCACAUGCUCUGUUUGUCAGCUCGAGCUGUCUCCGACGGUGGACGCGAUAGAAGUGCAGUCAGAUGGUACGGAUCAUAAACGCAAGGAUUUCGCUGGAGCUGCGGGUAUGAAGCGCGUGAGGCGUGCCCGUGGCGAACCAAUUGCAAACUACAAGCCAUCGACCAAGGUGUUAGCCCUGCUCCAGGAAUUGAUGCCAUUUUCGAAGAGGAACCCUUAUUCGGCCAAUUAUGAACCGACCGAGGUGGACGAUGUACAGGAGAUGGAUGGACAUGGCAACCGAGUGGACAGCGGGAUCGUCAAGUCUGUCGUUUUCUCUCAGUGGACGAGUAUGCUAGACAAGAUUGAGGACGCGUUGGAAACGGCCGGAAUUUACUAUGAGCGUCUAGACGGGGGUAUGAAGCGAGAGGAGCGCAACAAAGCACUCGAUGCCCUCAAGAAUGACCCUAAAUGCGAGGUGCUUCUCGUGAGCUUGAAGGCAGGAGGCGUAGGACUGACGCUAACGGCGGCUCGUAAUGUGUAUCUCAUGGACCCAUACUGGAACCCUGCCGUAGAGAACCAAGCCAUCGACCGUAUUCAUCGUCUAGGUCAAAUCCAUCCCGUAGUCUCGACCAAGUUUAUCAUCGAGAAUUCGAUCGAGCAACGACUGUUGGAAGUUCAAAAGAAGAAGGCUGAUCUGGCGAAGUUGACGCUUGGUAAACCGCUCAACAAGCAGGAUUUACAGCAGCAGCGUAUGGAGGAAUUGCAGAAUUUGCUUGGGACAGUUGUCGGAGCAUCAGAGACUUAA